AUGGUUACAUUGGUCAGACGGAUCAAGAAUGCCCGGCUCGUAGGUCGGCCCGAUAACGGAGUCUAUGAUCUGGAGAUUACGGAUGGGAUCGUCAGCUCGAUCUCGCAAGCCCCGGGCUAUACUUCGAGCGAAGAAGAAGGUCUUGCCAACAGCAAAGGAGAGAUGGGGGAACGCCGGACCUCGUCUUCUAAAUCUGGACUUGACCCGGAUGGAACCGGAAAUGCACCUGCAAAUAUCAGCAUUCACGGCGACGAUGCCGAUGACAAUAGCAAUAAUACUCAUGCCGACGACGACGACGAGAUAGACCUGGAAGGACGAUCCCACGUAGCCCCAUCAUUGAUGGACAGCCACGUUCACUUCAGAUGGUGGGCCCUUUCCGAAUCGAGGAUAGAUCUCUCCAGCUGCAAGUCCGCCAGAGAGGUCAUCGAGACUAUCCAACGAGUCUUGGCAAGGGAUUAUCUAGGCUCCGCAGCCGAAGACCAAGGGUUGGGGAUGAACGAAAGAGGACCCGGUUCGGUUGAACGUCUAGGUCUAGAAGAGGUGCUGGGCGAGAAGAAGAAGAAACCCACGAACACGAGCACCUGGCUGGUCGGUCAACACAUGCGAAUGUCAGACUGGCCCGACCUCCCCUCCCUAACCCGAUCGACGUUGGACGCCCUGACCGCCCCCUACCCAGACUUGCACGGGUCCUUGAGCAUCGUAUUGAUAUUCAACGGGUUCCAUUCGCUCGUCGCCAACUCGGCUGGUUUGAGACGGUUUGGGUUCGAUGACGAGGAAGUGGAAGUGGAGCUGGGGUUGGAUUCCGGGGAGUGGGACGGAAACGGGCACGAUGGGCACGAUGGGCACGAUGGGCAUUUACAGGAGACCGAGGCGUUUGCUGCGUUAGGUGUGAUGAACAGCGUCGAUGAGGAAGAGGUCGACGAGAUGGUCAUGAAGAUCAGUCGGGUUGCUGCGUCCCUUGGAGUGACCGAGAUCAUCGACCUAGAGAUGGCGUACAACAUGACCGACUGGAAGCGUCGGAUCGCGCACGGGAACGACCUCUUACGCAUACACGCCGGGUUGUAUCAACCGCACCUCGAACAAGCCAUCCAGCUCGAUCUCAAGACGGGCGACCUGGUCGAGGGGACCCGUGGUUUAGUCCACGUCGGCCCGCACAAGAUCAUCACCGAUGGAAGCCUCGGUUCUCGGACGGCUUACUGUCACAACGCUUACCCUGGACGCGGGGAUGAUCACGGUGAAUGGGUGUACGAGGACGAGACGUUGGCAGGGAUGACCGAACGGGCGAUCAGUCACGGCUUCAAGCUCGCCAUCCACGCUCUCGGGGACAAGGCGAUCAGCAAGACGUUGGAGGUGCUAGAAUCCCUCCCUGUCAGGCCGCUCAGUGGGAGUACAAUCGAACACGCCCAGCUGCUGAGGUUGGAGGAUCGAGAGGCUUUCAAGAGGCUCGGGUUGAUAGCGUCCGUCCAGCCGGUCCAUAUGAUCGACGACAGGCCGCUAUGUGCGACGUUCUGGCCGGGAAGGGAGGAACGAGCCUUCGCGUAUCGGUCGAUGGUCGACGCCGGCAUCCCUUUGAGGUUGGGAAGCGAUUGUCCCGUGGCACCUCUACAGCCGUGGGAAGCCAUGGCCGUCGCUGUAGGUCGCACAGAGAAGGGGUUCGAGGAGGAUCCGUGGCAUGCCGAACAAGCGAUCGACGUCGAGACGGCUUGGAGGGCGACGACGUGGAGUGGCAAGAGCGGGAUCGAGGUUGGCGACCGGGCAGAUAUAACACUGAUCGAUAGGGACCCGUUAGGGUGUGACGCAAAGGGAUUGAGGGAGACCGAAGUACUAGGGACCCUGCUGGGUGGAAGAUGGACGUUUCGGCGGAUGUCAGACAUAAACGGUGCUGGGCCGAGAAAACGCGUUUGA